AUGCCCGUGAGUGUGCUGAUGCUCUCUUCCCCGCAUUUGACUCUCGACCCAUCUCGUCCAUUUUUGCCUCCUGACAUCUUUCGAGCUCGAUUCUCCAUUUGCCCGUCGCCCCAUCAUCUGCUUCCACCGUACUCACGCUCUCCUCCCUUCUUUUCAUGCCUUCCUUUCUCUCCCUCCCCUCCUUUCAGCCUCCAGACGUCUCUCGAGCUCGACUCGCCAUUUGCCCAUCGCCCCAUCAUCUGCUUCCACCAUACUCACGCGCCCCUCCCUCCCGUCCACCUCUUCCCCGCUCUCCACUCACUCUCUCUCCUCAUCCAUGCCUCAAAACUCACCCCCCUCACUCGCGCCUCCUCCCUCACCUCCCUCACUCUCUGGAACCCCGCUCCCUCCACCCUCUCCUCCCUCGCCGCCUCCUCCUCCUCUCUCCGCCUCUCCCUCAAAUCCCUCUCCCUCCACUCCGCAAAGCUAGAGUCCUGCCUCUCACCCCUCCGCCGCUUCCCCGCCCUCGCCUCUCUCUCCUUCCUCUCCUGCUCCAUCAAUCCCUAUGAGCUUCACACUCUCUCUCGCUCCCUCCACACUCUCACCCACCUUACCAUCCACGACUGUCCCUUAGUCUCUAGCCAUUCUCUAGCCGCUCUGGUUCAGGCCAACCCUGCUCUCUCCUCUCUCUCCCUCCACGGCACCUCCUACCGUCUCUUCAGUGCGCAGGGUUUCCGCUCACUCCUCCACCUCUCCGCACCCCGCUUGAACGCACUUGACCUCUCUGGGCUGCCGUCCUUUCGCCCCGGCAUGCUUGCUCACUGCAGCGGCCUUCAUUCCCUCUCCUUGGUAGGAAAGCCGGAAACAAUCUCUGUGCAAAGGGAGAGAGGUGGUGAGACCGGGGCAGGGGACGGGAGGGGUGGAGGAGGGAGGGAGGGAGAGGGGGGUGAGAGGGGUGAAGAAGGGAGGGAGGGAGAGGGGGAUGUGGAGGAAAGGGUGGUGCUUCAGCAAGUGUCGUUUGAGAGUCUUGUGGGUAUGCUGGUGCGCAUGGUGCAGAGGGGUGGAGAGGGAGGAGAGGGAGGAGAGGGAGGAGAGGGAGGAGAGGGAGGAGAUUGUUCGAACGACGUUCGAACGACGGCACCACCAGGGGAGAUUGUUGGAACUUGUGACUCUAGGAACAAGGGAGGGAGAAAGGAAUAUGUGGACAUUCGAACGACGGCAGCGGCAGCAAGAGCAGACCUGGUGGCAGCAGGUACAGACAUAUCCAAUCUCUUUGAAGCAACAAGCAAGGCCUUCACAACCGCCCCUGAUUCUGCCCGGUGGGCCCGCACGGCCCGCCCUGAAUACGCCCUAGCGGAGAUCAAAUCCGCUUCGAACAAAAUCAGAUCUGCAAUUUCGAUGUGCAAGGCGCUGCGGGUGGCGGUUUCUGAGCAAGAUGCGGCGACUGCGAGAGAGGAUGGGGUGAUAGACACGUUUGUUGCUGCCAGGACUGCGGGCGUGUUUGUGGAAAGGGCUAGUAUGGAAGGGGAGGGCGAAGGGGGAGGUAGAAUGGCUCGGCUGGAAGACUUUGAUGGAAUACUGCCUAAUGAAGACUCGCUCAGUGAUGGUUCUGACAGUGCUUUUGGUGCUGAUGCUGCUGAUGGUGCUGAAGGGAGUGACGGUGAGGGCGAGAGUGGGAGUGAACUUGGAGGUGUUGCAGGUGCGGCUGACGCACGGAUGCAGGCUUUAAGUGCGAUGGAGUCGCUGCUGCAGCAGUUUAAUGAGCAGUUGAGUGUGGCCCUGGCGAGUGUCAGAGCCAUGCGCCAUCCCCGUCGGACUAGUAACGGCCGCCUUGCUGCUGCUGAUGGUGCUGCUGCUGCUGCUGCUGCUGCUGCUGCUGCUGCUGCUGCUGCUGCUGCUGCUGCUGCUGCUGCUGCUGCUGAUGGUGGUGGUGGUGAUGAUGCUGGUGCUGCUGUUGUUGCUGCUGCUGGUGCUUCUGCUACUGCUGCUGAUGGUUGUGGUGCUGGUGGUGCUGGUGCUGGUGCUGGUGGUGGUGCUGGUGCUGGUGCUGCUGAUGCUAGUGCGGGUGCUCCUUCUGCUGUUGGUGCUGCUGCUGAUGGUGGUGGUGGUGGUGGUGGUGCUACUGGUGGUGGUGCUGGUGGUGCUGCUGCUGGUGGUGCUUCUGCUGCUGAUGCUGAUGGUUGUGGUGCUGGUGGUGCUGGUGCUGGUGCUGGUGGUGCUGCUGCUGCUGGUGCUGUUGAUGCUACUGCUGGUGCUGCUUCUGCUGCUGGUGCUGCUGCCGGUGCUGCUGCUGAUGGUGGUGGUGCUGCUGCUGCUGCUGCUGCUGCUGCUGCUGCUGCUGCUGCUGCUGCUGCUGCUGCUGCUGCUGGUGCUGGUGAUGCUGCUGAUGGUGCUACUGGUGCUGGUGAUGGUGCUGCUGCUGCUGCUGCUGGUGCUGCUGGCAGCAGGCAAAAUGGCACCUCAAAACCAGUCAGCAACAGCAGAGCUGCACGGGUCAGCGGAAGCAUGACAGGCAAAUCAAGUGGCAGCGGCACCACCAAAAGGGGCAUUUCUGGAAUUCCUGUGGAGGUUAUCUGUCCUCCCUUACAAUCCUUAACCCUCCGGGACUUUCAGUUCACCCGAACCAUUCCCGAGCCUGCCUGGCUGCCUCUAUCCCUUCCCUCUGCCUCGCCUCUCAUGUGCCUCGUGGAUUCCCAUGGAUCCCGUCAUGCACCCACCUUGCCACUUCCCUCAACUCCCUCUUCCUCCCGCUCCUCUUCUCGCUUCUCUCCUGCUGCCGUGUCAACCGUUUCAAGCCUGAGCGCUCAGCCGCAGUCCUUUGAAUUUUUGGCACUAGCUGCUGUUUUCUGCCGGCUGAAGCGCCUCUCUCUGGUGUCGUGCUUCUGUCUGAAGGAGGAGCAGCUGGUGCUGCUGCUGCGUGCCUGCCCCGUGCUCGUGGCUUUAACUGUCCAACACAAUGAGGACUUUUCGGAUCGGGUGGUGGCGAGAAGCAAGUUGCAUAUGCUCACAGAUUUGACUAUGCUUGAGUGUGAUGCGAUCACUGGCGAGGGGGUUGGAGGGCUGCUGGGAAGCUUCCCGAAGUUGCGUGAGUUGAAGGUGGAGGCAAGAAAAGUUGGUGAAAGGGCGCGCAGGGAGUUGCUUCGUGCGGAUGUGGUUCUGAGCCAUGGGUGA